AUGGCGCUGUAUAGACGCCUGUCGCCGACCGGCAGAAAUGAGACUUUAGAUGGCGCCAGCGACAGCCGAGACGAGAAUGCUCGUGGAUCAAAAACAACGCGGCGACUGCUGACUGCCGGCGAAGUGCCGUCUUGGUAUGCUCACAACUCGUACAUUCGCACCGGCUAUCGACCCGUCACGUAUUCUGCCAAGCUCUGCUUCGAGAGUCUUGGGUAUUUGCACAAUGAGACGCUCAAUAUUUACACUCACCUUGUGCCGGCGGGCAUUGCCGUCGUAGGCAAUUACGCUCUUUAUGUGUAUUUUAGCUCUCACUACCCUGAUGCGUCUUGGAAAGACCGGCUGGUGUUUCACAUAUACUUGUCGACGUCGAUUGUCUGCUACGGAAUCUCGUCCAUGUAUCAUAUGCUGCUUUGCCAUUCUGAGACAUGGUCGGGACUUUGGGCGAGGUUGGACUAUACUUCCAUUGUUUUUCAGAUCCUGGGGUCGUUUAUCUCGGGGAUUUAUAUAGGCUUUUACUGUGAGCCUAAUCUGCAGAAACUGUAUUGGACAAUGAUUGGGACAUUGGGACUUUUGACCGGUAUUGUUGUUGUAAGUCCCCGGCUUCAGAGUCCGAAGUGGCGCAACCUCCGAGUGUUUGCCUUUGUCGGUACGGGAUUGUCUGCUUUUGCACCCAUUAUUCACGCCGCCACCAUCUUUCCAUAUGAUCAGCUGGAUAAACAAGCCGGCCUACGGUACUAUUAUCUCGAAGGGAUCUCGAUUCUGACGGGCGUUGUGUUUUACGUUACACACUUUCCAGAGUCACGAAUACCCGAAAAAUUCGACAUCUUUGGCGCGUCUCAUCAAAUUUUUCAUUCUUUUGUUGUUCUGGGGGGUGUAAUUCAUUUCUACGGCAUUCUGAGCGCUUUCGAUUGGAAUUAUAACAACCCUCGCUGUGGCCUGUGA